AAACUCGAUCAACCUCAGCUCCGUGUUCUUCUCCGGCAGGGAGCACUUCCACUUCAUGGAGGAGCACGCCCCGAAGGCGGAGCGCAGCGUACCGACGGAGCACGAGUCGAGUGACAGCAGCGACGAGGAAAACGAUGGGACGGCGACGGGGGAUCUGGUGUCUGGCAUGCGGUCGUUCGGGAGCCAGUAUCUGCGGCACCUGCGCUCGGCGGCGGCAGAAGGCGGCGGCAAGGCUGCUGUGGACAUGCUGAUGUUUGGGGCGUUCGGGCGAGAUCUCGACAAGGAGAAGGCGGUGUGCGUGGCCGUGGCGAUGCAGCGCUGGGGCCUUGUCGGCCACAUCUCGCUCGUGGCCAGCGGCAACGGGGCCCCCACGCGCGCGCGCCUCGCCCUCGGGACCGCCAGGCUCCUGGAGGCGGAGUGCAGCGCAGCGGUCGGCCACGGGGGCUCUCCGCAGGACGAGGUGUUCCCGUUCGAGUUCGACCACUGCGACUACUUGGCGGAGGAGGCGGAGAUAGACCCUGCAGGGGGGCAGGAGCUCGUGUUCGGCGCCAUCCGCCGAGCGGCCCAGGAUGGCCGGCAAGUCUGCAUCGUCGUCAACAGUUCGCUCACCGACAUGGCCGCCGUGCUGCGGGACGCAAGGUGGCCGGAGGUGAAGGCAGCGGUGUCUUGCGUCGUGGUGUCGGGAGGCGCCACGCAGCCGAAGUCGGAUGGCAGGCUGGUCAUGGAUCCGUCAGCUGGGAACAACGCCUCCGACCUCGGGGCCGCCCAGGAGGUGUACAACACGCUUCGAGCGAGCGAGUGGCCUCCCUUCUACGUGGUGAGCCGCCACGCUGCUGGGCAGUGCCAGCUGCAACGCCUUGCGUUUCAUGGCUCGCUUCAUCCCGUGGCUCAGCGCUUUCAGCACGUGAGCAAGGACAUAGUGCAGUCCAUUUGGCAGCGAGUGAAUAGGUCGAUGGCAGAGCGCCAGAAAGUGAACGACAGUCUGCCAGCUCGCUGUGAUGUCAACUGGUUUCGCAACCAUUUCUUGACGAAGGACGCCCCGAUAGAUCUCACGGCCGCCGACUCAGUCUGGCCGUGGGCUGAAAAUCUCCGAGAGACUUGCAGUGAUGGGCUCACGACUCUUCUGGCGGUGUUGGCGCGCAGAUCUGACUUGAUCCAAGAAUUCUUCACCCCGCGGAAGAGCAUAGACGGCAACCUGUUUUUAGUCGGCCUCGAUUCUGAGAACCAUGGCGUCAACAACCCACCGGCAAUCAGCACGUUGAUGCACGAGCUGAUGAUCGUGUCUGUUGGGAGCGGCAAUGGGGAAUGGUUUCGGCUGGUAACCGCAAUGGGGGAAGAGAACGCGCCGAUCGAUGCGAUCAUCAUCGGCGACUACGGCAAGGACCUCGACGACGAGAAGGCGCUCUGCGUCGCGUCGGCGCUGCGCGGCCUGAAACUGAUAGGGAGCCUGACGGUGUUUGUUGUUCCCCGAACCUCGGGGAUUCCGUCAACCGCGCGCGCCUCGCCAAGGGGUCCCUGCAGACCCUGA